CAAUACAAAAUACAAUCCUAAUCAUUCUAAAUAUUCUAAUCAAUUUGUAAAAUAAAAAACGAAAUCAAAUAGGCAAAAAUUCACGACUGUAAAACUAGUGAUACAAGUGAUAUAAGACCUAAUAAAAAAUCACAUCAGUAAUAUGACGUUUGUUUAUCAAGGAGAUACCGAUUUGGAAGCUAAAGCCAAAAAAGCUGCUGAACGGAUCUCAGAAAACAUGCAUAUCGUGGCCAACGAGCCGUCCCUAGCCCUGUACAGGCUACAAGAGCAUGUGAGGAAGGCCCUGCCGCCCAUGGUGGAGCGCAGAGUCGAAGUCACGAAGUUACAGCAUGAGCUUCAGGGGCGGUGCUAUGAUGUGGAGUAUGCAUUGAGUGCAGUAAAAUCAAUGGACAGCGCAGCAACCAGCUUCACAAACAUACAGGAAAUGCUCAAACAAUCCAUAUUUCUAAAACAACAACUAAAAUACGAGGAGGGUAGGAGAAAUAAAAAAGAUUCCAGUUCCGUUUACAAACGUCUCUCGGCACACAUUGUUUUAGACUUACCCGAUCUUUCAGAGUUCUCGAUGGUUAGGGAGACUACUAACCGGAUAGAAAAUAUGAUGGCGCACGCCAGGGGAUCCUCGGCUGAGUUGCAUAGGUCUCAUACUACAUUGCAUUGAAUUAUGGUGUAGAUCAGGGGUCGGCAACAGGCGGCCCGCGGGCCGCAUGUUGCCCGCGAACCUCUCACUUGCGGCCCGCGAGCCUCCCUGGCUAUUUUGUAUGUAAUUUUGACAAACGACAAUACCUGAUAAAGUCAUAGAUAUUAGCAAAGUGCGGCCCGCGUCAAUUUCGU